AGUUCUGGGUCUCUAUUAACAAGUUCAUUACACUGCACCAAGUCGUUCAGUCGAAUUGAAGGCGCUAAACGGAACAGAAGUUGUUGCAUUGCUCUUAAAAUUCGUCCAUAGCUUAAGUGUAUUAAAUUCUGCCGUUUUUAAUUUCCUUGUAUUUUACAAAAAACCCGCAAAAAUGUUGCUAUUAAAAAUAUUUUACCGUGAAUUCAAAUCUCACUGGAACAUGAUUGGAACUGAUGUUCGUAUGCGCCACCUGCCCUUUGUCAACAGUUACCUGAAUAUAGUAUUACUUAUGGCAUCAUAUGUCAUAUUUUCUGUAAAAAUUGGUCCAGCCCUGAUGGCCAAUCGGAAGCCAUUCAAUAUCAAACGGUUAAUCCAAAUCUAUAAUUUUUUCCAAAUUCUUGUGAACACCUAUGUUUUUAUUGGGUUCAUGAGACAUUAUCUACCCCAUCCCGCAUACGAUUGGUUCUGCAUGAGAGUGGAAAGAAAUGACAUUUCAAAGGAAACUAUGGACCUUAUGCAUAUAACGCAUAUAUGCUACUUGACCAAAAUAUUUGAUACCUUAGACACAAUAUUUUUCGUUUUGCGAAAGAAAAAUAAGCAAAUAACCUUCCUACAUGUUUAUCAUCAUACUUCGAUGAUAUGGGCCAGUUUUCUGUACCACAAUCUCUUCUUUGGCAGUGUCUACACCGAUAUUGGCCAUCUGAAUUCCUUUGUCCACGCCCUGAUGUACACCUAUUAUCUGCUGUCAUCGAUGGAAUCAAAAAUCAAAUUGGACUCAUGGAAACCUCGCCUAACCGAAAUACAAAUUAUCCAAUUCUUUUACUACACCAUUAAGUUUGGUUCGUCGCUGUGCAACAACACGUGCGGCAUGUCGUAUGGAUGGAUGUGUGCACUGGUGACACAAAACUUAUUUAUGACAGCAAUGUUUUGUAAUUUCUACUAUAAGACAUACAUUGUUAAAGCUCGGAAAAUAAAAAAAGUUGAUUAGCAA